UCCUCCUUAUCGUCAAACGGUGUUCAGUCGCCGGAUCUCGAUUGUAAUAGUUUGUAGUCACCUGUCUUCCAACGACCAACAGUCGUUUUUGAAAUUAGAUCAUUAAAAUAUUAGUAUUUAGAUUUUAGAACCUACCACGGCUGUGUCAGUAAUUUUUUACUAGUACACUUUCUUUAGGACUAAGUUAGUAAAAAAAGUUUAAUAGUUGUUAGUCGAGACUAGUUGAUUACAAGGGCCAACUUUCAACAUGCUUAUGCUUAGAAAAAUUGCUAAAUGUCGACCAAUAAGCCGUUUUGGUCUUAUCAACCAACGAGACCUAAAUGUUGCCAUAAUUGGUCAGAGUACUUUUGCAGCCGAAGUGUAUAAGUUGUUGUUGAAAAACGGUCAUCGCGUAGUUGGUGUAUUUACCAUACUAGACAAAGGAAAUCGGCAAGAUCCAUUGGCGGCUAUUGCUUCAGAAAACAAUACUCCAGUAUUUAAAAUUAAAUCGUGGCGUAAAGGUGAAAAUUCAUUACCUGAAAUUGUAGCACAAUACAAACAAGUUGACGCUGAACUCAAUGUGCUACCGUUCUGUUCACAGUUUAUUCCUAUGGAGGUCAUUGAACAUCCAAAACAUAAAAGCAUAUGUUACCACCCUUCGAUUUUACCUAAACACAGAGGAGUUAGUGCUAUAAAUUGGACCUUGAUGAAUGGAGAUAAAGAAGCCGGGUUUUCUAUAUUUUGGGCUGAUGACGGCCUUGACACUGGUCCAAUAUUGUCUCAAAAAUCAUGCCCGGUUUUACCAGAUGACACUGUUGAUUCUUUAUACAAUCGAUUUUUAUAUCCUGAAGGCAUCAAAAGUAUGGCUGAAGCUGUUGAUAUGGUGGCCAAUGGUACAGCUCCUGUUAUACCUCAAUCUACAGAAGGGUCUUCUUUUGAACCAUCUGUAAGAAAAAAGGCUUUACAAAAAGUAGAUUGGUCUAAAAGUGGAGUAGAUAUUCAGAACUUCAUUAGAGGGUUAGACAGUUCUCCAGGCGCUUGGACUAUCAUAGAUGGAACAGAAGUAAAAUUAUAUAAAUCGUCUAUUUGGAAAAAUGAAUUACCUACCGGUGACCAAGUGACUGUUGAUACACUUCAAAUUCCAGCUAUUGUUCAUGAUAAAGGUUUAUUGGUUACCUGCAACGAUGGACUUAAAAUAAACAUUGAGAGGUUGUCAGUGGACGGUAAAAUGAUGGCUGCGUCAAAUUACGGUAAUGCAGAUACAGUCCAAGAAACUAUUGAUUACACAGAUCAAGAGAAAGCAUACAUUCCUGUAGUAGAAUCAAUUUGGAAAAAUAUCCUGAACAUGGAAAUUGGAAAGGAUACUCAUUUCUUUCAAUCUGGAGCAGGUUCUAUGGAUGUUGUGAGGUUAAUUGAAGAGAUCAAGGAUAAAUUGAAAUUGAUGCUAAAGAAUGAUGAUGUAUACAUGUUUCCUGUUUUUUCUGAUUUCUGUAACAUCUUGGUCAAGAGGUCUAGAGGUUCAACCGAUGACAAUAACCGUGUAGAAUAUGAUCCAGUAGUGGUUGAAGUCAACAAUAUGAAAUUACAGUUUGCAAAACAAUUAUUCAUCAAUGGACAGUUUGUAGACUCUGAGUCUGGAAAGACCUUGGAAUGCAUCAAUCCUGCUGACGAAUCAAUUAUUUGUUCAAUUCAAUGUGCAUCUGAAGCUGAUGUAGAUCAAGCAGUUAUUGCAGCUAGUAGGGCAUUCGAAGGAGAAUGGUCUGAAAUGAGUCCCAGAGAUCGUGGAGCAGUUAUGUAUAAGAUAGCAGAUUUAUUAGAUAAAAACAGAGAAGAAUUAGCAACAAUAGAAUCCAUUGAUUCUGGUGCGGUGUACACAUUAGCGUUGAAAACUCAUAUUGGCAUGUCUAUUGAUGUUUGGAAAUACUUUGCCGGUUGGGCAGAUAAAAUACAUGGUCAAACAAUACCGAUAUCACAUGCUAGACCCAAUAGAAAUUUAACAUUUACAAAAAAAGAGCCUUUUGGUGUUUGUGGAAUCAUUACACCAUGGAAUUAUCCAUUGAUGAUGUUGUCCUGGAAGAUGGCAGCAUGUUUAGCAGCGGGUAAUACAGUGGUAAUGAAACCAACAGAAGUAUCACCCCUCACUGCAUUGAAGUUUGCUGAAUUGUCUGUAGAAGCCGGUUUUCCGGCUGGCGUUAUUAAUAUACUUCCUGGACUUGGUAUUGAGGCUGGUAGAGCAAUAGCUGAACACCCAGAUAUUAGAAAAGUGGGAUUUACGGGCAGCACGGCAACUGGUCAUGCAAUAAUGAAAGCAUCAGCAGAAUCGAAUCUCAAAAAAGUAUCCUUAGAACUUGGUGGAAAAUCUCCUCUGAUUAUACUCGAUGAUUGCGACUUAGACAAGUCUGUUAGAAUGAGCAUGGGAGGAGUAUUCUUCAACAAAGGAGAAAAUUGUAUAGCCGCAGGUAGAGUUUUUGUCGAAUCAAGCAUACAUGAUAAAUUUAUUGACAAAGUUGUUGAAGAAGUAAAAAAAAUUAAAAUCGGAAACCCGUUAGAACGUGACACUCAUCAUGGACCUCAAAAUCAUAAGGCCCAUUUGGAAAAAUUAAUUAACUAUUGCAAUAAAGCAAAGAAUGAAGGAGCUGAACUGAAAAUUGGAGGAAAACGUCUUGAUCGACCAGGAUACUAUUUUGAGCCAACUGUGUUCACAGGAGUUGAAGAUCAUAUGUUUAUUGCUCAAGAAGAAUCAUUUGGACCUAUUAUGGCUAUAACUAAAUUUAGUAGCAGUGAUUUGGAUGCAGUUAUUAAGCGAGCAAACUCAACUGAUUAUGGUCUGUCUUCUGGCAUAUUUACAAAAGACAUAAGCAAGGCAUUAAGAUUUGCUGAAAAAAUUGAUGCUGGUACUGUAUUUAUAAAUACUUAUAAUAAAACUGAUGUUGCCGCACCUUUUGGUGGUUUCAAAAAGUCUGGAUUUGGCAAAGAUUUAGGUGAAGAAGCUUUGAACGAGUAUUUAAAAACUAAAUGCAUAACAGUAGAAUAUUAAAAAACAGUUAUUGUCAGUAUUUAAAAUGUAAGCAAACAUUUGUUCGAUUGAUGUCGCCAAUGCAAGACCAAUGUACACUGUACAGAAUUCUUUUUCAGUCACAACCCAUUUGGAAUGGUCCACAGUCAAAUUGAACCAUACGUUUUUCAACCCUUUUAUGUCCUUAGUCAACGAUCUAAUGUUCUUAAAUCAUAAGUACUUAUAAGUCAUAACUCAUAACCCUUAAAACAUUAUUAUUUAGUAGUGAUGCACAACAAUAUCAUACUUCCAUAUCGAAGUGACUAAUUUAUCAAAAGUAUUUCGAUAUUCAAUAUCAUUUAGUUUUCUAUUUAUUGAAGUUUUGAAAGUUAAUCAAUGAUAAAGAAUGAUAAGCAAUAUUUUCUAUUUUUCCGCCAAUAAAUUAUUUAAGUAUUAUUGUAUUGAUUUUAGUCUUAUAAAGUAUAUUGAUAUAAAUGAAUCAAUAUCGAUAAUUGAAAAUAUUUGGUUGUGGAACACUAUUACUUAGUAAAACAAUAUGCUCAUUAUAUUUCUAUUUUCUACCUCAAUUUACUUGUACCGACUGGAACAUGAUGAAUUGAACUGACCUCUAUUAUUCAACCAAGUCUGCGUGUACAUUUAACUGUGCCAUUAAUUUGAUUAAGUCUUUGUAUAAAUGUAUAACUGUGUAUAAUAUGUACAUUAAAACUGUUGUAUGAUCUAAUCAACAGAUUAUAUUAUCUUAGGAACAAGUUAAAUAUAUUAAAAAUCAUUCACUUUUAUUUGCUACUUAGGCAUUUCUCUACUUUUUUACUCGUACAUUGAUUUUGUCAGGCAUGCAUUCAGUUCAAUUCGUUAAAUAAGUACAUAUUAUUAAAUGCAUUUUGUGUUAAGUUUUAUGUUAUGUUUAAUUUUUUUAUUGUUUUUAUUUGUAUCUUCAUUCCAUAUAUUAAUAAAGUUAAAACACAUCUUUAACAUAA